AUUUUGGAGAAAGUGACCUUGGAAUAAAACAUUUCCGUCCGUCAUUUUGGUUGUGUUUACAAACACUUGAAGGAGCUGAUCAACUGACCUGUAGAGUCAGAUCAUGUGACAGAAUGGAGGCGUCGCUGAAAACAUUCACCCGUUCACCACAUACACACUACCAGGAACCUAUUUCACAAUAAACGGAUAAGGCGACAAACACUUCUGGUCAACUCAGCUUGUAACGUUCCUUUCCUCACAUUGCAAUGAAAUGAGGGGAGCAUGGGGGCCAAAGAGUCGAGGAUAGGAUUCCUGUCGUAUGACGAGGCCGUCAAGAGAGUCACUGAUGUGGAAUUGAAACGGCUGAAGGAUGCCUUCAAGAGAACCAGCGGCCUCUCCUAUUACAUGACCCAGCAGUGCUUUUACAGGGAAGUGCUGGGAGAUGGAGUUCCCCCUAAAGUUGCAGAGGUCAUUUACACCUCAUUUGGAGGCUCGUCUAAAGGGCUACACUUCAACAAUCUGAUAGUGGGUCUGGUGCUUCUGACCAGAGGACGCGAUGAGGAAAAGGCAAAAUACCUCUUCAGCCUGUUUGCCAGUGAUCUGGGUGGAUAUGCUGCCAGAGAAGAUAUAGAGGCAGUUCUGCAGGUCCUGGAUGGAGAAGUUCCAACCUCCCUCAAGAAGUGCUUCAGUGAGGGCGACAAGGUGAACUAUGAGCGCUUCAGGAACUGGCUCCUACAGAACAAGGAGGCCUUCACUUUGUCCAGAUGGCUUCUCUCUGGAGGAGUGUGUGUCACUCUCACUGAUGACAGUGACACGCCCACCUUCUACCAGACCCUGGCUGGCGUCACACACUUGGAGGAGUCCGACAUUAUAGACUUGGAGAAGCGCUACUGGCUGCUGAAAGCUCAGUCCAGAACUGGCCGCUUUGACUUGGAAACCUUUGUUCCACUGGUCUCUCCUCCCAUCCACGCCUCACUAAGUGAAGGCUUGUUUCAUGCCUUUGAUGAGAAUCGGGACAAUCACAUCGACUUUAAAGAGAUCUCUUGUGGACUGUCUGCGUGCUGCAGGGGGCCCAUCGCUGAGAGGCAAAAAUUUUGCUUCAAAGUGUUUGAUGUGGACCGUGAUGGGGUUCUGUCUCGAGAUGAACUCCAUGAAAUGGUGGUGGCCUUGCUGGAGGUGUGGAAGGACAAUCGCACAGACACACUCCCUGAGCUGGACAGUAGCGUGUCAGACAUAGUAGAGGGCAUCCUGAAGAUGCAUGACACAACCAAGCUGGGUCACCUGACCCUGGAGGACUACCAGAUAUGGAGUGUGAAGAGCGCUUUGGCCAAUGAGUUCCUAAACCUCCUUUUCCAGGUCUGCCACAUAGUCCUGGGGCUCAGGCCUGCUACCCCUGAAGAGGAGGGACAAAUUAUCAGGGGUUGGUUAGAGAGGGAGAGCAGACAUGGGCUGCAGCAAGGCCAAAACUGGUUCCUCAUCUCCAUGCUGUGGUGGCAGCAGUGGAAGGACUACGUCAAAUAUGGCAGUCCCUGCUGUUGUCUUCCUGUCCAGGAGCACAAGGGCAUCGUGGUGGAGCAGCCAUCCAUCCUGAACUCGUUGCGAAGUCCGAUGGCCACGGCCACUGUAGAACCCACCCCACCAGACAGACUGGGAGGACUGGGAACUUUCAGCCCUGUCAGUCCCACUGAGGAGAGGUCACCUGAUGCUGUGUCCAGUGCCUCAGAGGCUACAGAGACGGCAGCCCUGAGCCCCCAGGUAGCUCCUUCUGCCACAGAGAGCUGUUUUGCCCGUCAGCACAACGUAUCAGACAACAACAAUCAGUGUUUUUCUGGAGCCAAUGGCCACCUCCCCUCCCAGUUGGCAGCACAAAGACCUGGAGCCAUUGACAACCAGCCUCUGGUCACCACUGACCCCAUGAAGGCUCCUACAUUAACCAUGGAGGGUGGCAGGCUGAAGCGCUCCUUGCAGUUGGUGCCUGGUAGAGACUUUGAGACAGUGCCAGAGCCCGUGUGGCGGGCACUCUACCACUGGUACGGUGCCAACCUCAGCCUACCACGACCGGUUAUAUUGGAGAGCAAGACAGGCCAAGCAGAGCUGGAGCUCUUUCCCCGCCACGUCCUCUUCCUCCGCCAGCAGCCGGCAACGCGCUCCCCACAGUCCAACAUCUGGGUCAAUAUGGGUAUGACCAGCCUGCGAAUGUUCCCACCGUAUUUACCCCCACCAAGAGCAGGUAAUGUGCCAUCCCCCAGCGCUCCUCUGAAGAGGGUGUUGGCCUACACAGGCUGCUUCAGCCGCAUGGCCACCAUCAAGGACAUCCACCUCUACCUGUCCCAGAGACUCCGCAUCAAGGAGGAGGACAUGAGACUCUGGCUCUACAACAGUGAGAACUACCUCACCCUCCUGGACGAUGAAGAUCACACACUGGAAAGUCUGAAGAUCCAGGAUGAGCAACAGCUAGUUAUUGAAGUCAGGAACAAAGACAUGAGCUGGCCUGAGGAAAUGUCUUUCAUUGCCAACAGUAGUAAGAUGGACAGACACAAAGUUCCUACAGAGAAAGGAGCCACAGGUCUCAGUAACCUUGGCAACACCUGCUUCAUGAACUCCAGUAUCCAGUGUGUUAGCAACACCAAGCCUCUCACAGACUACUUCAUCUCAGGGAGACACCUCUAUGAGCUCAACAGAACCAACCCCAUCGGGAUGCGAGGUCACAUGGCCAAGUGUUAUGGUGACCUGGUGAUGGAGCUGUGGAGCGGCACCCAGAAGAAUGUGGCUCCACUCAAACUCAGAUGGACGAUAGCAAAGUAUGCACCACGCUUCAAUGGCUUCCAGCAGCAGGACUCCCAGGAGCUGCUAGCCUUCCUGCUGGAUGGUCUCCAUGAAGAUCUAAACAGAGUCCACGAGAAACCAUAUGUAGAGCUGAAAGACAGUGAUGGCCGGCCUGACUGGGAGGUGGCCUCUGAGGCAUGGGAGAAUCACCUGCGCAGGAACCGCUCCAUUGUGGUGGACCUAUUCCAUGGUCAGCUCAAGUCCCAGGUGAAAUGUAAGACCUGUGGCCACAUUAGCGCUCGCUUUGACCCCUUCAACUUCCUGUCUCUGCCCUUGCCCAUGGACAGCUCCAUGCAUCUGGAGAUCACCGUCAUUAAACUGGAUGGCUCCACACCUGUGCGCUAUGGCCUGAGGUUGAAUAUGGAUGAAAAGUACACAGGACUGAAGAAACAGUUGAGUGAACUGUGCAGCCUGAAGCCUGAGCAGAUCCUCCUGGCUGAAGUCCAUACCUCCAACAUCAAGAACUUCCCUCAGGACAACCAGAAGGUGCGUCUGUCUGUUAACGGCUUCCUGUGUGCUUUUGAGAUCCCGGUGCCAGGUUCACCAACAUCACUGAGUUCACCCACACUGACAGACAUCACCCCAAUAGCCAAUGGCUCAGCUGCUAAUGGGCACUUGGGCAAUAAGCCCAUCCUCAUCCCUAAUGGUGGGCCCAGCACCAUGGUGCCCUGCAGCCCAGAGACGCCCCUGGCCAACGGGGUCACCAACGGACACAUCACACCGGUGCAGGAGAGCCCCUUCAUAGGAUACAUCAUUGCUAUGCACAGGAAAAUGAUGCGUACAGAGCUGUACUUCCUAUCAUCUCAGAAGAACCGGCCCAGUCUGUUCGGCAUGCCCCUCAUAGUUCCCUGCACCGUCCACACCAGUAAGAAAGACCUAUAUGAUGCCGUCUGGAUCCAAGUGUCCCGACUGGCCAGCCCAUUGCCCCCACAGGAAGCUAGCAACCACGCCCAGGACUGUGAUGACAGUAUGGGCUACCAGUACCCCUUCACUUUACGGGUAGUGGGUAAAGAUGGCAACUCAUGUGCCUGGUGUCCCUGGUACAGGUUCUGUCGAGGCUGUACAAUAGAUUGCACGGAGGACAGAGCCUCUGUCGGGAAUGCUUAUAUAGCUGUGGACUGGGACCCAACUGCACUGCACCUCCGCUACCAGACCUCCCAGGAGAGGAUUGUGGAGGAGCACUGCAGUGUGGAGCAGUCCCGUCGGGCCCAGGCUGAGCCCAUCAGCCUGGACAGUUGUCUGAAGGCCUUCACCAGUGAGGAGGAGCUGGGAGAGGACGAACUCUACUACUGCUCCAAGUGCAAGACCCAUCGACUAGCCACUAAGAAACUGGACCUCUGGAGGCUGCCACCCAUUCUGAUUGUCCACCUGAAGCGCUUCCAGUUUGUCAACGGUCGCUGGAUCAAAUCCCAAAAGAUUGUCAAGUUCCCACGGGAGAAUUUUGACCCCAGCGCCUUUCUGGCUCCCAGAGACCUGGAGCAGCACUGUCUCCACUCCCGCAGCGAGAGUGAGGAUCUACUGAGAGUCGGAGAAGACAACCUGUCUUCCAUCUCUGCCCCUGCUGGCUUCUGCAACCUCCCCAAAGCCUCCCCUGCCUCUAGCAGGAAGUCAGCACCUUCUCUCAGCCGGAACAGCAGCCCCUCUAGCAGCCCUAAGAGCAGCAGUGGAAGCCGCAGGCCUGGCCGGCUACGGCUGCCUCAGCUGGGCAGUAGACACCGCCUCUCGAACAGCAAGGAGAACCUGGAUGGAGCCGCUAAUCCUGAGGCUGAGCCAAGGGAGAGCGCAACACAGGCAGACACAGAGGGGAGCACAGCAGCAGGGGUAGUGGGCCUUCCUGGAUCAGGAGAGGCUAUCACAUCAGAAUCAUUGUGCAGUACUGAAGCGUCCAGCAGCCACUGUGACGUGGUCCUGGUGAACGGUGACAGCAACGGGCUGAGCUCAGACUGCAGCACCGAGAGCAGCAUGGACCCUGACAACUCACUGCUGCAGCACAGAGACAACAUGUGUCUGGAUGCCAUCUACAACCUCUAUGCAAUAUCAUGCCAUUCAGGAAUCAUGGGAGGAGGCCACUAUGUGACAUAUGCCAAAAACCCCAAUGAGAAAUGGUACUGUUACAACGACAGCAGCUGUAAGGAAGUGCACUCUGAGGAGGUCGACAGCGACUCGGCCUACAUCCUCUUCUACGAGCAGCAAGGUGUCGACUACUCCCAGUUCCUGCCAAAGAUCGAUGGCAAGAAGAUGGCUGACACCAGUAGCAUGGACGAAGACUUUGAAUCUGACUACAAGAAAUACUGUGUCCUCCAGUGAUCGCACGUUGUCUUCCAUCAGCCAGCACUACACCUGCUCUUUGCUCCCUCCUGCUGCUCUGAGUGGGAAGAACCAGACGUUCAGAUCAUUCUGAAGAAUUCUCACAAACUGCUAAUGACUAGAAUCAGACUGUGCUCUCUGUCUAUAGAGAUGCGUCGCAGCACUUUCUACAUUUGAUCGCAAACAUGGGUUGGUGCAAAGGUUUGCCAAGACAACAAUGAAGCCCCGGUGAAAGCACUAAACUGGUGCACUUUGCUGAGCCCUACAAAACAAACCCCUCCUCCCCUCCUCAUGUGAACAACCCUCGCCAUAGCAUACACGUAACACAUACUUGCAUACUAACACAUCUCUGAAUGUAUGCCAGUAUGGCCAAGUCAUGAAGUGAUGUUGCUUUGUUAUUGUGCAUUAAUCACUUGUGAUUUCAGAAUGAAAAAAAAAAAAAGAUUUACACCUGGAGUUAAGAUGUGAUCUGAGUCCUGACACCUUACCUGAGGAAGGACAUAAUGAAUUCCUGGUGUAAAUGGAAGGCCAAUGAUUGGAUACAGAUGACGUUUUAAUGCCAAAUGUAAAUGGGACCCAAGAGUUUAAAAAACCUGUGUUGAUGUCAUAUUUGAUGCCACAGGUCAACAUAAUGUUGAAAUUUGGCAUCUAGUGUACUUUUAAAAAAUGGUUCUCCAAAGGUUUUAUUAGCGAUAGUGUCACCAAGGAAAAUAUAAGUCAUACGCUACCUCAUCGCUUCUUGCAGUCCUGUCAGCCAACUGUACCCUUAGAGUCUGUGACAGUAUUAGUAAUAAUAAGCAAAUGCUUCCUUCCCGUGGAGGAGACAUGGUACACACAUUUCAAAAUCUCUCCCUGCUUCUUAGGAUACUCACACAGGUCCUGAUGUCCACAUGAAAUCAGGCAUUUUGUCCAAACUGUGUUUCAUCCCAUAGCUGCCAAAUGUCAGUGGUGAUUUGUGCAAUGUUGACCUGUGUGUAUCCAGUACAGAAAAGCUCUCUCAGAAAUCUUGAGUAUGAAUCUUGGUUUUCUUAGAACAGGUGCCAUGAUUUCAGAAGAAAGAUACCCAACAUUACUAUAUACAGAAUAAUAUACAGUAUAUGUUUGAUUCUUUUUUUUUUUUUUUUUUUUUUUGAUUCUACAAAUGUAUUGUUUUUUUUUAUAAAAGAUUUAUUUUAUUGUUUUAAGGCAGGAGCCACUUCAGGUCAGGAAUGGAUAUUUAUCUUAAAGCCACACCUAGAGCAGAUAGGCUUAUCAUCACAGCACUGUCACGACAUGUACCUUUCACCCACUGCAGCCCUCAACUGUUGAGAUUCAAAUGCAUUGUUAAUGAUCAUACCCUGCCCACUAAGAAACCAGAAAGAGUUGGGACAUUGGGGAUCCCUUUAUCCUAGGCAAGAAAUCAUUUUACCUUCAUUUUAACAUUAUAUUAUUUAAAGAGUAACUUAAAAGAGAACUCCACAGAUUUAGUGCCACACUCUUUUUUUCUUGGUAAAACCUGGCUUCUACAUUACCCACAAUGCAAUUCAACUGCAAGCAGUGUGUCUAACUCCACACCUCCAGAUUUAUUUCAUUUUCAAAAUUUGCCCAGACAACAUUGACUCAAGUGACAUCACAUGAGGACAUUUAUUAGAGUUCAUGCUGCUCCCUCUGGAGCCACAAAAGGCUUCAUACAGCUUUUUUUCACAUAUGCAGUCGUACUCCCCAUGAUCUAUAAUGUGUGAAAUCAGUGGAGUUCCUUUUUAACACUCAGCUGAGAAGCAGGGUUUCUCUGCUCUCUCUGCCUCAAAGUUUCAAGCAUGUUUGACUGGGAUCACCGCUGGGUGUGGUGAACUCCAACCACAGUCAGCAGUAAUGUAAUGGUGUCUUGCCAAACACCUUUAUGUCACUACAGUAAGAUGAGCUCAACCACAAGUCAACAGAAACAAGAUUUUCAGGGGGUGUUAAGUUACUGUUUAAAAGGCCAUUUUUAAAACAUCUCAGUGUCGCCAUAAAUGGAGCACAUACACAUUUGUCUCUGAAAUCUCAUUUGGAAGAUGGUGCCCAGCUAAACAUCUGUAGAAGCUUCAGUAACGUGAUUUUCUUGGUCCUUAAGGUGGAUUAUCAGCUGGGUAAAGUGGACUUUCGUGAGCCUCAAACCUAACUUGAAAAAAUGUUUGAUGAUAGAAGAAAGAGCUCAGUGUGAGUGGCUCCUGUGUCAAAAUCUAGUUUUAAUACCUUAAGUAUUUCACUUGAUAUUAUAAUAAUAUGGUGCAUAUAACUCUUUCCCAUUCUUGCAUAUGGGCUCCCUAAUGGCUUAAUCCAGGCCCGACAGGUCCCAUGGACCCAGUAAUUUCCUAAAAGCAAGUGAUGUGUCAAUUUUUCUGGAAGGUUCCCACAAAGAACUAUGUGAUCUGGUACUAGUGAAAGAGGAAAUGGACUCUGUGUUCAAUUACACUUCCAGUUAAUUAAUUAAAAUUAAUGUCUCCAUAUUAAAUUAGUAAUAAAUGAAUAUUUAUUUAACAUUUCAUUUAAUUUUGGAUUGUUUUAUGGAAACAUUGCUGGAAAGCAACAAGUACUGAGGAACACAGCUGCAGUAAAUGUCUCAGAACUGUUUGAGUGCUGAUACAAUUACUUUUUCUUUCCAGGAAACUUGUAGGAAAUUAUUAAGAAAGUUCAGAACUAUAUUGUGCUCUGUGGAAACCGCACCACUGAUAUCAGAUGGUUUAAGUUUACUAUUUAUUUAUACUUUGAAAGUAACCAAAGCCUGUUGAAUCUGUCGAUGUAGUGUGUGUCUGGACUGUAGUUGGAUAUGUAAAAGCUUAUCUCCAUCACUGGACCCAACAUUUAGAUCAACUUUUUUUUCUCGCUGAAUCUAAACAACAGUUUCAUGUAAAUUCUAAAUUUGGUUUUUAUCUCAAAGUUUGAUGUGACAGUUGAGGUUAGUUUGAAGUGAACAAACCCAUGUUUUGCUGUGUGGAGUUGAGCAGCAGAGAUGUGUGUCUGCUGUGUAGCAGCAUGUGUGGAGCUCCUCCUGUGCAGGGCUCAGUCUAAUCACUGUGAACAGACAGCAGACGGUCAGUGGCUCCCAGUGAUUUCCCACUUUGUCUUCUAGAUCACAGGAGAUGAAUCUCUGUGUUCGCCCCUUUUUAGCUGCUGUAUUUAUGAGAAGGUGGUGUCAUUAUGGAUGUAUUUGGAGAGAUAUCUGUCACUGAAUGAAACUUUAUUUUCCUUUGCAAAGAGUACGUUUGUUGAACAAAUGGAAAUGUACAUAUGAGUGCUAUUUAUGUUUGCUUGCCCGGCUUUUUUUUCCCUCCAUCCCAAUGCCUUUGCACCGAGCUGUAGAAGAUGUCCAGUUUGUGUCAGUGUUUGUCAUCACGUGGCUCAAAGGGAAAAUUUUACUAAGGAAUUAUCUCUUGAGUACUCAAUUGGUAAUGCUUGCUUCAUUUAAAGGUGCAAUAGUUGUCAACUUAUUUUCUUCCUCUUUGGCUGUGAAUGUGCCCUCAAAGGGCUACUUGUGUGAUGCUAAGCUUACCACACCUGUAGCUUAUUGUAUUUGCAAAAAUACAAUGUUUAAAGUUGGGGUUAAUUUCAGCACAAUUUUCAAAAUCCAGGAACAAAGAUUUUCUGCCCAACAGAACUGAGACACAGGGCUAACAUCUGAAACCUGCCCCCACUGUCCCCACCCACCAGAGGAAUAGUUCAGUGUUGCAGGCAGUGCAAUCUACUACUGAGCUGUCUGUCAGUGUCUGUAGCCUCUUCUUAUUUAAGUUCAUUUCUGUCUGAUCUAAACCAGACGUGUUAAUUUAAAGAAUUUUUUUGUAAGGUGUUUGUUGAAAGAAAGUGACAUUGCACUGACAUGAAAACAUGUACAUAAAAAUGUGUUUUGUAAAUAAGCCAAUGAAAACUAUGUAUUUGAAUAUGAACUGUACAAAAUACUGUACUUGUAGUUGUAUAUGGAGUGAUACUGUUGAUCUGUAACAAAAUACCCAAGCAACAAAUUAAAUUCUGCAGAGGAAGCGA